CGACGUCGACGGGGAGCGCCCGGAGCAACGACAUCCCGCUGUCGCGUGUUACUGCACGCCGCAGGCCCUCCGCAUAUAUAUGUGCACGCGUCCUCUAUCUUCUCCUCCAUUCCGCCUCCGUGUCGAUAGCUACGUACGUGCGUGCUCGAUCUCCAUCGACGACCAUCGCAAUACGUCCGUCACAAACUCCUUAGGCUCCGGUCCUUCGUACGUGAACGUAGCAGCAACAUGCUCGACGUGGCCACCAGAGCAGCCGGCGGGCUGGCGCGCUCGCUCGUUGUGGCCGCCUUCGGCGCAGCCGGUACGGUGAUCGGCGGCAUGCUCGGCCUCCUGUGGGGCUUCGUUAACGAGGACGGACUGCUGCAGGGCGUGGUGGUCGGGGCGGUCACCGGCGCCCUCGUUUCCGUGGAGCUCGCCGACUCCCUCCUCAGGAUAUGGACCUGCGGCGACUGCUCCAUGGACGAGCGCAUCAAACGCACGCGGCUGGUGCUCCGGAGCGUGGCGGCCGGCCGCCUCCUGCGCGGCUCGGUGUUCCCGGCCAUAAGCGGCGCGCUGGACAGCCAGAUCGAGGCGCUGCAGCAGCACCACUCGUCGCGAGGCGACCUCUUCGAGCCGAGCUCCGGCCCGGUGACGGCCGCGCGGAGGGCCGCCGUCGAGAGCCUCCCGGCGACGGUGCUCACCAAGGAGACCGCGGGCGCGGGGCAGCACACCACCUGCCCCAUCUGCCUCCAUGAGUUCCAGGCCGGCGAGAGCUCCAGGAGGCUGCCGGCGUGCGGCCACGUGUUCCACCUGGCGUGCAUCGACAGCUGGCUCCUGUGGAAGCCCCACUGCCCCAUGUGCCGCCACGCCGUCUACUAGCCUAUCCCCCCGCCGCCGCCGGGGAGCAAACAAACGGAGGAACGACGUACGGCGGCGUUGCCGCAGAUGAAGCGUAGUAGUAGUACAUGGGUCUCACGAAGCAGAGGACUAUGGAGUCCUCUCUCGUGACGAAAGAUAAAUUUUCCCACGAGAAAUGUGUUUUUUUGUGUCGUUGUACAGAAAGAAAGAUGCAGAUGCUGAGCUGAGCUAUACGUACCGCUCAAUUUGUGGUGAUGUCUCACUCCUGGUAC